AUGGCCGAUGGGGAUGAGUUCAUUAUUACCGCUAAGCUCUUCGAGCAAAAUCAACUAUCGAGGGCCAGAGCUCUGUUCGAACUCUAUUCUAGCAGCGGCGCAAUUAUAUUACAUUUUCGCCACGAUUUUGAAACUCCUAGUCAAAAGAAGAAGAUCGUUCUCAAUAGUUGGAGUGUAUGGGGAUGGGGCAACGAGCUGCACCAUGCAAGUCCAUUCAAGCCAGGGCAACACGUGAAAAUUCAUGUGAAAAAACUCGGCGACAUCUAUGAGAUAACCCUCACCGACGGCGUCGUGCUGACUUUCCCGCAUCGAUUUUCAGAUACGCAAAAUCCCACAUCAUUUUACUAUCUGGGAGACUGGACAUUUUCGAAAAUUCAGAUGAUUUGCGCCAAGCGAAAUUCAGAAUCAGAAUAA